CCGGCAUUUAUUUGCGCCAUUUGUCAGCAAAACAAACUGCAAUAAGUCUGUUGUUACAAAAAGUCGUGCCAUUUUAAAAGUUCCAUUUAACGCAGACGGUUCAAACUAGCAUUGACUGCGAGUGCACUGAAAGGGAAAAUAUUUUGCAAAUAUUUCCAAGAAAGCAUAAUCAAAAAACAAUUGCAGGAUGCCCAACUUACAGCAACAGGCUCCCGAUUUCAAAGGUCCCGCGGUCGUCAAGGGUGCUUUUCGUAACAUUAGUUUGGUAGAUUAUCGCGGCAAAUAUGUCGUCUUAUUCUUCUAUCCCCUGGAUUUUACUUUUGUCUGCCCAACUGAAAUUGUGGCUUUUUCGGAUCGCGCUGAUGAAUUCCGUAAUAUUGGCUGUGAAGUAAUUGCUUGCUCAACCGACAGUCAGUACACACACUUGGCCUGGGUUAAUACACCACGUCGCCAGGGCGGCUUGGGUGAAUUGGAUAUUCCAUUGUUGGCUGACAAAUCGAUGAAAAUUGCACGUGAAUAUGGUGUUUUGAACGAAGAAACUGGUAUACCAUUCCGCGGUCUAUUCAUUAUUGACAAAAACCAAAUUUUAAGGCAAAUUACCAUAAACGAUUUGCCAGUGGGACGCAGCGUAGAUGAGACAUUGCGUUUAGUGCAGGCCUUUCAAUUCACCGACGAACAUGGUGAAGUCUGUCCGGCUAAUUGGAAACCCGGACAAAAAGCUAUGGCCGCAGAUCCCCAUAAGUCCAAAGAGUACUUUGCGGCCACUUCAUAAAUGCUGUUGCUGUACUCACGCUAAUGAUCGCCUACAUACCGAGAUAGCUGAAUAAUGUUAAAUGCAAAUAAUAACCAACAUUUAAAUAAAGGGAGAAACAAAUCAAGAAUUACA